AUGGCGUGGGGAAACAGGACCACAGUGACUGAGUUUGUCCUCCUUGGCCUCUCCCCAUCUUGGGAAGCCCACCUCCUCUUAUUUGUGUUCUUCGUUGUCCUCUAUGUGGCCACACUCUUCAUCAACCUUCUCAUCAUCUUGGCAAUUUCCCAGAAUCAACAUCUUCUCAGUUCACCCAUGUUCUUUCUUCUGGGUCACAUGGCUUUCCUGGACCUCCUCAUGUCCUCCUUUGCCAUCCCCUGGGCCCUCUUUGACUUCCUAGUUAAGCAUCAGACCAUCUCCUUUCAAGGCUGCAUGGCACAGAUCUUCUUCCUCCACCUGUUUGGAGGCAGUGAGAUGAUCCUACUCAUGACUAUGGCCUAUGACUGCUAUAUGGCCAUCUGCCAUCCGCCCCACUAUGCCUCACUCAUGAGUCAACGCCAUUGUGUGGGGCUUUUGCUGGCCUCCUGGGCUGGAGGGCUCCUCCACACCAGUGUGCAGUUGAGCUUCACCAUUAAUGUCCCCUUCUGUGGGCCCAACCAUCUGGACAGCUUCUUCUGUGACAUCCCCUUGGUCAUCAAGUUGGCCUGUGUUGACGUCUAUCCCCUGGAGAUCAUGAUGGUGACCAACAGUGGUAUCAUCUCUCUGGUUGGGUUCAUUACUUUGUUCAUCUCCUAUGGACUCAUUCUCUCAGCAAUCCGUUCCAGAGCUCUUUCUGAAGGGAAUUCCAAGGCCAUCUCCACCUGCACUUCUCACCUCAUUGUGGUCACCAUGUACUUUGGGCCCUGUAUAUUUAUUUACCUGCAUCCAUUCACCAGGUUCGCAAAUGAUAAAGCAUUCUCAGUCUUCUCCAUCACCAUCACCCCAUUGCUAAACCCAGCUGUCUAUACUCCAAAGAGCAAAGAAAUGAAAUCUGCCACGGGGAAGUUGCUGGCCAGACAUUCCAUGCAGGUCUCUGCUCAGGUUCCUACUAUUCCAGCAGGAAGGGUGAUGUCCUCUCGACACCAGAGGAACAGAUUUCCAGGUGGGCCAGGCCUUCAACUGACAUCACAGCUGCCAGUUGUCUAA